AUGCUGCGACGUCUCCUCGCCUUCGCCGUGCCCUGCGCCGCCCUCGCCGAUUCGCGCUCCCCCGCUCCCCCCGUCGCCCAACCACCAGCAGUGCCCGCGAUCGCGACGUUCGCACCCGCCGCCACGUCGCUCUUUCUCGUCGCCAGAGACCAACAGUGCCCUGCCGACACACUCCCUUGUCCGACGUCGCUGGGCGCAGCCUUCAAGGACAUUUGCUGUCAAAACGGCCAGACUUGCGCCCUCGACGCCAACAACAGCCCGGCCUGCUGUCCCUCGGGUGCCGUCUGCACCGGCACGGCGCCGGCAUCUGCCCCUACGGGAGGCGCAACGGCGCCAGUGUCCUACGUCGAGAACCCGUACUUCUCUUUCCCCUACGCGCCGACGACCUUUAGCAACAGCGCCUCGUGCGCCGCUGCCACCAGAGCCUGUUCGAGUAACUACAAUGCCUGCGUGACUGGGCUGCAAGGCUCCGGGGGCUACGGAGUCACCAUCAACGUCCCCGGCGGCGGCGGAACUACCGUCGCGGGAGCCGGCAGCAACCUCGGCGCUUCCGCUACGCCCCUCUGCUCCAGCCUGAGCUCCAAGGCCUGCGCCAAGCUCGACGCGACAAAGUGCGAUUCCUACGGGAAGGGCUCCGGUGCAUCGCUCGUCGGACAUCCUCCCUCGGUGCUUCUUCUUGUGGGUGUCGGCGUCGUCAGUGUGCUGGCGGCGUCGCCAGGUCGGCUGUGGCCGUGA